AUGCCGCCAACUUCCAUUACUUUUUAUGUAGAGGCAGUCGCCUCGUUUGAGCUGUGUCGUCUUCGACGAGGAUUCACAAUCGCUCAAAUUGAGCCCUCUAAUGCCACCAUGACCUAUGGCUGUGAGUUGACGUCUAACAGCAGCUCGGAGUAUCAUUUUUUCUCGUCUUAUGAGUCGGCCAACCGCAACCAGACCGUUGUCAUCCUACUAGCUCGAGAAUCAAGACAACCUAAAUGCCACCUUCGCCUGUUUCUAGUGUCUUAUGAGUAUAUACACUGGCGCGUGACGGCAGACUCUCGUAUUGCUGUGGACUUAAUUAGACUGAGUUCUCCGCCUGGCACGCCAAAUGCAACCAUUGAUAUAGACGCUACGUCAAUUAUCUUGAAAAAUCCUAUAAGACGUGCCUCGUUUUACAGUGGAAUAUGGCCGCCCACCGGUCAGUUUGUUGAAUGGACUCAAAGACCGUUAAAAGCGUUUGCUCGAAUGAAAAAAUUGGGACAUUUGAGAUCUCUCACUGCGGUCUGGAAAUCUUCCAUUGUAACAAUUCCUCUAGGAGUCAGCAAAGUGCAAAGAAGAAGUGUCGCCCAUGACAUCGCAAACGACACUACUAAAAUCAAGAAAUUUCAAAAAUAUGCUUAUACGUCUACCAACAGAUCAAAACAUUGGAAACAUAAUCAGAGUAAUGAUAGUUGGAGUUGCAACUGCGCGACGUUACCGUCUCAUCCAUUGCAAACUUUCGGCAGCUGCUAUACAAAUGUGUACGAGAUAAAUGUCGUGGCAGCCGUCUCCGCAACUGUGUCUUCAUUUUGCAUCACGGUCAUCGUCGUGGUGACCGUUUCCCUAACUACGAAAAGAAACAAGCGAAUUUUCGACGUGUGACGGCGUACAAAGGUGUCCAGCAGAUAUAGUAAAUAGUGCAAAAGAAAUUGAAUAGUAGGAUUGAGAAUGACACGUCAACAUCUAAAAUUUUAAUUUACAUGUGGCACCUAGCUUACUUUUUACAGACUUAUUUCAGUUGGUUGUACUUAGAAAAUAAAUAAUAACAA